AUGUUCCUGCGCCCUUUUGCGUCAACUUCAACGUUGCCGCCAACGAUCCGGCAGCUACUGUCUUCCCUGCAACCGACUGGCCAGGCGACUAAAGUACAAUUGAGUGGUUGGAUCAAAUCUGUGCGAAGACAGAAAAAUGUCACUUUCGCGGUGAUUAACGAUGGAAGUUGUGCUUCCGGCCUGCAAGCAGUCUUGAAGCCAGAUGCUACCCCACACAACUUGACCAAUGGUGCCAGUGUCCGCAUUUGUGGCAAUCUGGUCCAAAGCUUAGGCCGCGGACAGUCAUAUGAACUGCAAUUACGUGCCUACCCUAUCCAGAAGCAAGCCCUACCCGUGGAAUUUCUAAGGGACAAUGCCCAUCUGAGGGCCCGAACAGAUAUCAAUGCUGCUAUGCUCCGUCUACGUGACUCUGUCCUCCGGACGUUACGUAGUUAUUAUGAGGCCCAAGAUUUCCAUUACGUGCACACGCCCAUUCUGACUUCAAACGAUUGUGAGGGUGGCGGUGAAACGUUUCGUGUCUCGCCCGCUUCUUCCGCCCCUUCUUCAGGGCAAUCGCCCGAUCCGAGCGCACAAGCCGAGUUCUUCUCCCAGCCGACAUAUCUUACUGUGUCUUCGCAACUUCACCUGGAGGUCCUUGCUGCUUCCCUCUCUCGGGUUUACACGCUUUCGCCUUGCUUCCGGGCAGAACGUUCUCAAACGAAUAGGCACCUCGCGGAAUUCUGGAUGCUCGAAGCUGAAUGGGCAUUUAUUAACCACGUCGGGGACGUAUGCUAUGUGGUCGAGGAGUCUCUGAAAAAUGUCCUCCUUCAGUGUCGAUCAGAAAACGCACUCCUUUGGAAAGAUGGCGAUGAAGCAAAACUCAAAUCUCUGGAAGAUGCAUCGCGCCCAGGAAUUCCCUGGACACGCAUGUCAUACACUGAUGCUGUAAAGGAGUUGCAGAAAUACCAAUCUUCUUCUCGAGUUGGAUUCGAAUUCCAGCCUGCAUGGGGGAAAGCAUUGCAAAGCGAGCAUGAGCGUUGGCUUUCGGAACGACUUGUCGGCGGCCCUGUAUUUGUCACAGACUACCCAACCUCCCUGAAACCAUUCUAUAUGCGAGCCAAUGAUGACGGGAAAACUGUAGCAUGCUUUGAUCUUUUAGUUCCUUUCAUCGGCGAACUCGUUGGUGGGUCGCUCAGAGAAGAGAGAUCCUCUCAUUUGAUCGAGGCUAUACAGAGGCAUGGGCUUAAGGAGGAAGAAUACGGGUGGUACGUGGAUUUGAGGAAGUAUGGGAGCGCGCCUCAUGGGGGCUAUGGGCUGGGGUUCGAACGACUGAUUAGCUGGAUGAGCGGGAUUGAGAAUGUACGGGAGUGCAUCGCGAUGCCGAGGUGGGCAAAACGGAUGUUGUUGUAA